CCUUUUCUAAAAUAUCACAAUUACAAGGAGCUGUUAGGUUUUCUGUGUAUACUGCCUUGAGAAAACAAACACUAAAGAAGAUUAAGGGCAAAAAGUUAAGCUCCCAAGAAUGGCUCACCCGUCAGAUAAACGAUCCUUACGCAAAACGUGCUAGACAGGAAAGUUACAGGUGUCGAAGUGCCUUCAAAUUGUUGGAGAUUGACGAUCGGUUCGGCGUCCUGAAGACAGGUGAUAUCUUGGUUGACUGUGGUGCUGCUCCCGGCUCGUGGACUCAAGUAGCUGUGGAGAGAACAAUCUCUGCACAAACAGGAGAGGAUUGCUCAACUGGCAAGGUUAUAGCUGUAGAUAUACAACGCAUGGGUCCAAUAGAGGGCGCCACUGUUUUAUCCCAAUCAGACUUUACAACACCAAAAACACAAAAGAAAAUUUUAGAUUUACUUGGAGGAAACCUAGUGGGUUCAGUUAUAAGUGACAUGGCACCAAAAGCAACGGGGAUUAAGUCGUUGGACCAUGAAUGUAUCAUAGAGCUCUGUCGUGCAGCUUUGACAUUUUCUACAAAGGUCUUAAAGCCCGGAGGAACGUUUCUCUGUAAAAUAUGGAUGGGCGCAGAACAGUCAUUAUUGGAAGAAGAAAUCAGAAAACAUUUUGUUACGUUACAUAAAGUCAAGCCUCCUGCCAGUAGGGGUGACUCUGCUGAGCUUUUUCUCUUAGGAAGACAGUUUAAGGGUCAUCGGUGAGGAUAUAUUUAAUCUACCACAAUCAGCCGUCUACACUGUUAAAGUCAUGGUCAACAAAUAUGGGACAGCAUGUUCGAUGUAUAUCUUUAUUUAUACAGGGUGUCAAUGUUUUAUAUGUCCCUGACCAUAUAUACUCAUGAUCAAUAUUUCAAAACCGCAAAAAUGAAUCCGUCGUAUUGACACUUUUUCAAUGAAAAUAUUGGAUUUAAUAUUGUUUGCUGAUCAUGAAAAGAUGUCACUCUGUCUACUAUAUGCAUACCAAGCGUCCAAUAUACAUUUGAUGAUAUCGACACAGAUCGGCACCUGACUUUGAUAACUUAUUUGACAAUAUUUUUUCAGAGUGAAAAAGAAAUGCAUGUCUUGA